AUGGAACAGCCGUGGAAAGCAGCUGCCCUAUGUCUCCUCCUCCUAGUGGAUUCGGUAAGACUUUUCGAGGCUGUGCCACUGCGGGACUGGCUCGGGAGCCUACAGGUCUUCGUGCCGCACUUCUCGGUCGUGCAGGCACCUGCACGACUUGGCUUCGCAAUCAAUGUGACCGGCGCAAGCUGUCAAGGGCUCGCCGUUGAGGAGCUUCUGCUCACAGAGGCUUUCGCAGACGCGAGCCACAUCAAGAUUGGUUUGCAAGCGGACAUUGGAAUUCGUUGCCUCGUGAACACGUCACUCGAGGUUGGAAAAACUCACCCAUGUACGAUGGCUAUUGCAUCUUCUGCAUCAGUGAUCAAACUUGGCAUGCAGGUGCCCUCGGUGGAUGGAUUUCCGGGCAAAGCUUCAACCACAUGCGAGUUAACCCCGGACAUCACGCAAUUGGACUUCCAUGGAGGGUCUCCAGCAUGCGACGUCUUGAAGAUUGCGGAGCAAGGAAUACGAGCUUUAGUGAAUGACUUUGCUUCGAAGGUGCUGUGCAGCAAGGUUUCUGCCGCGCUUGCUGCUCUGUCUUCAGAGGUUUCUCGGGAACUCAGGCUAAAAGUUCAACCAUAUCUCAAGCCGGCCGCCGCACUCCAGCCUCCCUCUAUCGAUGGCGCCAUCGAUCUGGAGAAGAUUUUCUGGAAGGGGCCUGUGGGCCAUGUGUUUCGAUCUUUUCUACGAGAGGUUGGGCAUGUGGACAACGACGUCGAAUUCAACAAGGUGCUACGCUUCUUGCGGUCCGAUCUUGGGCUCGGUGCUGUUUCCCUGCCUGUUGGGCCUGAGCUCCAGGUGGUGUUGCCAUGGAUCGAGAACGCGGUUUUCACCAUGGCGAUGAAGAGUGCCACGGUGGACGUAAGCCUCAUAGAGGACCUUCACUUCGGCUUUUCCGCACCCUCCGCAGCGAGACUUUCAGGUGGACUUACACCGUUGGUGUCGAUGGCUGCAAAGACAGCCCUGCUGCUCCCACAGGGCACUGCGAGCUUGAAGCUCUUAGGUCAUGAACUGAACAUCACCCAGCACACCAGCUUGAGCCCGGUGCAUCUGCGCGCCAGAGCAGGGUUCAAGGUGUCAGGCGCCGCCACGGCGUUCGUGGCCUACAACGCCAGCGGCCUUCACCAGCUCCAGUUGGACCAGAUGCAGACAUUGGGCUGCGCCACGACGUUUUUGGACCAUGAAACCGACUUGCCGGUACAGGUGCUUGAGGCACGCUGUGCUCCGCGCCUGCAACACCUGGAUGUGCAACUGCCGGAGCAAGAUCCCAACGAUCUUGAAAACCACCUCCUCCAGGUGUGUCUGACUGUUUUCCAGCUUCUGCGCAGCACGUUCGGGGAUACCGCGGUGCAAGCGCUGGAUGGCCUCGUUUCUCGCACAGGCCGCAAAAUGAUGAACGAGAUGUUGGAGCGCGCGAUAUCUCAAUCGUCUCUUUGUCCUCCCUCGAACUAUUCCUCCGGGGAGAUAGGUGCCAUCGCUGCGCCUGCUGGCUGGGGAUCUGGUGUAUUUCUCUCGGUGACUGUGGUUUUGUUUCUGGCUCCAUUGCUGCCUUUCUGCGCCUGCUGGCUGACGUCGCAUGAGAACCUUGAAGGCUCCACUGCGAGCCUCAGAAGGCCGAUGGAAGCUUCAGCAGAUCUCGACCUGCAGGACGUUGCUCAGACACCAGAGCAGUGCUCAAGCUUCGGAACGAGCUGUGAAAGGUUAAGCCGAGGUUUGGGAUGGCAGCCUGGUGUGUCACCGGCCCUUCGGUGGGGCAUUCUAUCAGGCAUCGCUGGUACAACUCUCCUCUUUGUGUACGCGUCUGUGACGCCAGGAAUACUACUGUCAGGUAGCUUCACGGCAUCUGCUGGUUCAUCCGACACCCGGCACAUGGCGUCCCUCUCCAUGGACAACAGCUUGGUGCAGACCUGGAGUGUGGGGUCGUACUUCGUCUUCUGCGCCAUGUUGAUCUUCAGUGUGGUGUGGCCGUACAUCAAGCUCUUGAUGAUGCUGUAUGUUUGGGUGAGACCCAUCGAGCAGAAAGCGCUUGGUCCUAUGCUGGUCUUCUUGGACCAGAUAGGGAAGUGGUCGCUUAUGGACAACAUCAUCUUGUUCCUCUUUGUCGUCUUCUUCCACAUUGCCUGGACGGGUGAGGAUAUUGUGGGAGGUGGGCAGGCCAAUUUCGGCCUGAAGUGCAGCCCGGAGGAUGAGCUCAACACCUUCCUUGCGGCCACCAUCCUGUCCCUACUUCUGGGCCAUGCCAUGCUCUGGAUCCACCGGGGCAACGAGAAGACGACCCGAGGCCCAGAGGAAGCUCUGGUUCAGUCCGGCCAGCCGGCUCGGCGCUUGCGGGUAAUAGGUGUGGGCCAUGUGGUGUGCUUUCUGCUCAUGGUGCUCUCCUGGCAGGUAGAAAUCGUUGAAGUCACCUUCAGUGGCCUUGUCGGAACAUUUUUGGAGGUGACGCAGCAAGAAACCUCCAAGAGAUAUAGCAUUCUGGGGAUCCUGUGGUGCUUGGGAGCGCAGGGCUCGAUGUACCUGCAGGUGACGUUUGCAGUUUUCGUGCUAGCCAUCCCGAUGCUUCAGCUGCUGGCAAUGACGUUUUUCUGCCUGCAUCAGCUGCGCCCAAAGCGUCGGCAGCAGUUUCUUCGUUUAUGCUAUACCUUCCGAGCCUGGGCUGCUUAUGACGUCUUCCUGAUUGCCUUCCUUGCCGCAGUUCUGGGCGGCGACAGGUAUGGUAUCGGCCAGUUUAUUGAGUUGAUCGUUUACAAGCAAAACCUGGCGCCCACGUGCCGUGGCCUGCGGGACGUCGGCGUCGAGUGCCUACAUAUACACCUUGGCUUCCUGCCUGGCACAAUUAUAAUAGUUGCUGCCGUUGCACUCUCCUAUGUUGUGAGCUUGCUGGUGGCGUGUGACCCUCAGAGAGCUUGGCACUCGCAAGAAGUCGUCUGCGAGCCAAGCCGAGGAGAGAGACGAGUCCCGGAUGAAGAUCCUGCCACACCGUCUGGGAACACAAAGCUGCCAGGCAAAAAGCACACAUGCCGGCUGUGGAUUCUUUCUGCACUUCCGUAUCGGCUAGCGGCUUGCAGCUACAGGGCCUCCUUGUCGCAGGAAUCGGACUAG